AUUUCCAUUUUGGCAUCGAAUUAUUUACGUCCGUUGCUUGAAUUUAUGAAUACAUUUAUAAUACUUUGUAAUACACUCUUCUAAUACAUUGUUCACCUACCUCACUUGCUUGCAACAACUCUAUCCUUUAUAAAACAUUGCCAAUAUCAGAUGACAUUUGGGAUACCAAGAGAUACAUGCUCCUUAUCUACCAUCUUUUGAAGACUGAAGAAAAAUGUUAUACAGAACAGAUAUAUAACACUGUUUCUAUAAAUGUAUGGCAGAAUUACUGUGAAAUAUUUACUCUGAACUGUGAUUAUUAGCAAAAUGUGUACUACACUGAUUGGAGUGUCUACAAGAUGAGAUUGUGUAAACUAAACUUGAAUAAAUUUACAAGAGUUCUUAGACAAGGGUAACACUAGACAAAAAUACAGCAGUAUAAAUAAUUUUAAAGAAUAAAGUAUAAGAACAAAAGCAAGAAAAAUAUAUGCAUUGUGAUUUGAGAAGGUAAAUAAUGGAAAAGAGUGAGAAACCUGAGGAAAUGAUUUGUCCUGAAGGUACGAUAAAAGAGAAAAGUAAAUUGUCAUACGACUGUGAUAUGUGUAAAAAGUCAUUCUCUCAAAAAGGUAACCUAAAUACUCACAAACGUAUUCAUACAGGAGAGAAGCCAUAUCAUUGUGAUAUUUGUGGUAAAUCAUUCACUGGAAGUAUUGACUUAACUAGGCAUAUACGCAUUCAUACAGGAGAAAAACCAUAUUAUUGUGAUAUUUGUGGUAAAUCCUUCUCUCAAAGUGUUGUCUUAACUACACACAAACGUAUUCAUACAGGAGAGAAGCCAUAUCACUGUGAUAUCUGUGGUAAAUCAUUCUCUCGAAGUUAUCAUGUCACUUCUCACAAACGUAUUCAUACAGGGGAGAAGCCCUAUUGUUGUGAUAUCUGUGGUAAAUCAUUCUCUGAAAGUAGUGUCUUGACUAAACACAAACAUAUUCAUACAGGAGAGAAGUCAUAUCGCUGUGAUAUCUGUGGUAAAUCAUUCUCUCUAAGUAACCACUUAGCUGAUCACAAAAGUAUUCAUACAGAGGAAAAGAGAUAUCUCUGUGACAUCUGUGGUAAAUCAUUCUCUGUAUGUAAUCACUUAGCUGAUCAUAAAAGGAGUCACACUGGAGAGAAGAGGUAUCUCUGUGACAUCUGUGGUAAAUCAUUCUCUGAAUGUAGUGCAUUGACUAGACACAGCCGUAUUCACACAGGAGAGAAGCCAUUUCAUUGUGAUAUCUGUGGUAAAUCAUUCUGCAGAAGUAGUGACUUUACUAAACACAAACGUAUUCAUUCAGGAGAGAAGCCAUAUCACUGUAAUAUCUGUAAUAAAUCAUUCUCUCAAGGUAAUAACUUAGCUAAACACAUAUAUAUUCAUACAGGAGAGAAGCCAUAUCACUGUGAUAUCUGUGCUAAAUCGUUCUCCACAAGUAGUGCCUUGACUUCUCACAAACGUGUUCACACAGGGGAAAAGCCAUAUCACUGUGAUAUUUGUGGCAAAUCAUUCUCUCAAAACAGUGACUUAACUAAACACAGACGUAUUCAUACAAGAUAAAAGCCAUACCAUUGUGAUAUCUAUGGCACAUCAUUCUCUGGAAGUCUUCAAUUAGCUAAAUGCAAACAUAUUCUUAGAGGAGAGAAACCAUGUCACUGAUGUAUAUGGUAAAUCUUUCACUGAAAGUAGCUUCUUAUGUAGGCAUGUAUAUAUUCAUAUACAAGUAUAACUAUAUCAAUGUAAAAGUUCAUAGCAACAACAAAUAUUUUAAUUUUUACCUAUAAUGUGAAUAGCCUUGUGGGUUUUAAUCACAUCAAUAACUGACACAUUGUGGCACUGUAUUUUGUGCUGUCAUUUACAGCUGGUUGACCCUUCUUGAUGCAACACACUUUAGUUAUCUCCCACAGCAUACCGUGAUAUAGAUUUUGGCUAAAAUUCCUCUAUAAGAUAAAAAAUUACCCAUCUGUAUCUGUAAAUGUAUUCAUGUAAAAAAGGAGAUACAACAGUGUGUGGUAACUGCCUCCCAAUACUACAUUUUAUUUCACUACGGCUAUAUUUUCAUAGGUGAGAUAACUUAUCUCUGGGAUAUUUUUAAUAAAAGCAAUUUCUUCUCGCUUU